GGCCCCUGCGCGACUCCGGCAGGGCAGGAUUCCGGACAACGCCUGGUUCCUCUCGGGUCCUUCCGGCGUCGCCGGAGUGAAUUGAUCUGGGAGUUGAAGAGGGCUCCAAAGGUGGCAAGUGAAGUCACUGCCUCAGUUGCCGGUCAGCAUAUGUUUUGUGCCCUGUUCUUUUGUCACAAAAAAGAGAAGAAAGGCUGCAGUGAAUGAAGAUUCCUCUGCAUUUUAGCACUGCUUUUUCUACUGUAGUUGGCUUUUGAAUGAGGAUGACAAUGGAAGAGAUGAAGAAUGAAGCUGAGACCACUUCCAUGGUUUCUAUGCCCCUCUAUGCAGUCAUGUAUCCUGUGUUUAAUGAGCUAGAACGAGUAAAUCUGUCUGCAGCUCAGACACUGAGAGCGGCUUUCAUUAAGGCUGAAAAAGAAAAUCCAGGACUCACACAAGACAUCAUUAUGAAAAUUUUAGAGAAAAAAAGUGUAGAAGUCAACUUCACAGAGUCUCUUCUUCGAAUGGCAGCUGAUGAUGUAGAAGAGUAUAUGAUUGAACGACCGGAGCCAGAAUUCCAGGACCUAAACGAAAAGGCACGAGCACUUAAACAAAUUCUCAGUAAGAUCCCAGAUGAGAUCAAUGACAGAGUGAGGUUUCUGCAGACAAUCAAGGAUAUAGCUAGCGCAAUAAAAGAACUUCUUGAUACAGUGAACAGUGUCUUCAAGAAAUAUCAAUACCAGAACCGCAGGGCACUUGAACACCAAAAGAAAGAAUUUGUAAAGUACUCCAAAAGUUUCAGUGAUACUCUGAAAACCUAUUUUAAAGAUGGCAAGGCAAUAAAUGUGUUCAUAAGUGCCAACCGACUAAUUCAUCAAACCAACUUGAUACUUCAGACCUUCAAAACUGUGGCCUGAAAGUUGUAUAUGUUAAGAGAUGUACUUCUCAGUGGCAGUAUUGGACUGCCUUUAUCUGUAAAUUUAAAAGUUUGACUGUAUAAAUUAUCAGUCCCUCCUGAAGGGAUCUAAUAAUCCAGGAUGUUGAAUGGGAUUAUUGCCAUCUUACACCAUAUUUUUGUAAAAUGUAGCUUAAUCAUAAUCUCACACUGAAGAUUUUGCAUCACUUUUGCUAUUAUCAUUCUUUUAAGAAUUAUAAGCCAAAAGAAUUUACGCCUUAAUGUGUCAUUAUAUAACAUUCCUUAAAAGAAUUGUAAAUAUUGGUGUUUGUUUCUGACAUUUUAACUUGAAAGCGAUAUGCUGCAAGAUAAUGUAUUUAACAAUAUUUGGUGGCAAAUAUUCAAUAAAUAGUUUACAUCUGUUAAACAUUUCUUUACUUGAAAAAAUGCAUAUAUAUAUGUGAAUAUAUAUAUGAUCAGAAGACCAAGACGACUUGGUGUAAUGUGUAAAGAACUUCUAACGGGAGCUUAUUAGCAGUUUAUCAGAUAAUAAAGCAACAAGAAUUCCUAUUUUUUUUGUCCUUAAUCACUCUAGGCAAAAAGUAGUUAAUGGAGAUAUUUUUGUUAGUUAUUAUAUUUGAGGUACUGAGUAUUUUUCCAGCCUUUGUUUUAAGAGACUUAUGAGAAGGAGAUAGCAGUUUAUAGUGUCUUCACACUGUACUGCCACUUUUGAACUCUACAAUGUAAGAUUGAGUAUUUCUGGUUUGCUGGGCCCUAAUAAGCUUUGCGCCUUUUUUCCAUAAAUAGCCACAACUAAGUUGACACUAUACCAAUGCUAGUUGGUUUGAAAUUGUCAUGAGUGUUAAUAAUAUUAUAUACACUCUUGAAAUAUGGACAGUUUUGUUUUACCAUAGAGAAGUUUUAAGGAAAUCAUGUAUCAAGUAUUCAGGUUAAGUGAUUUCAUUUUUCAAUUAUAAAAUAAAGGAAAAAAUCAGAAUUUAUCUUUUAUAAAGAUUUUAAAUGUUAAACUAAAUUUCUGUUGGCAAUAUAAAUUUUUUUGCUAUGAUGCAAUUUAGUUAUUUUUAAAAAUUCUUUCUCCCAUUUUAAAAAACAGACUUUUAAAGAAUUACUCUCAUUAGCAACAUAAAACGAAAUCGUCCUGUUAGAUGUAAACAGGAAAUAUGUGGAGGGAAGCAAAAAAAACAAUAGACAAUUGGAUGAAAUCUCAUAAUUUAUGGACAUUUUACUGAAUUGAUUUUUUUUUUUUUUCUUCAGAGAUACAUAGCUAGUAAAACACAAAGAAUUAGCGAUUUUAAUACUGUUUGGUUUUGGCAUAAGCUAUUUUUCACUCUUGGAAGUAGAAGGAUUGGUAUUUGCAAAAUAGACCUGUGAAUAUAUGAAGAAAAAAAUAUACUGGUUUUCUUUUUUUUGAGCAGCAGACCUUUCUAAGAUAAACAAGUACUGUCUUUCUUCCUCUUGUCUUUACCUCCUUAAGAGACCUCAUCAGUUACCAGCCAUGCCCCAACUCAUCUGUUUUUAUAAGUCUUGUGUCUUUUUAUUCUACUAUGCAAUAUAUCUGGCUUCUAUUUUCAUGAAAUUUACCUCCAAAAAGGAGGUUUAUUCUCAGGAUAAUUCAGUUUCUUACAUGAUCCUAGUGGGUUUGUGUUUUGGGGUCAAGGAGGAAAGGACCAGUGUGGCCCCAGUCAUAUACAACUCCAGAGAAUAGAAAGGUGGCUACCAAGCAAAGGAAGAGAGGAGACAUUUGUUGAGCACCUCUGUGUCAAGCAUUAUUCUAGAUACAUUAAUUUAAUUCUCUUAACACUCUGUGAUUUAGCCAUCUGCCUUACAGUUGAGGAAACUGGCUAAGAGAACUUAGGUUACAAAGCUGGUAAUUGCUGGAGCCAGGAUUUGAAUUCAACAUUUGUCUCCAGACUCCGUGCUCUUUCCACUGAACUGUACUUCAUCCAUUGUCGAAAAUGCACCACUUAGAAUACUAAUUCCCUAACACCAAGCUGACAUAGCUGUCCCUGGUCCAUGGGGAAAUGAGAAAAAUUAGGAUAAUGUGAUGUCUUUUUCAUAAAUCUAAAUUUAUUCAUUUUAAAGGACCAUUCUUUUAUUUAACAUCAUUGCCAUGCUUGGGAUGUUUAAUAUGCCCUCUCCUCACA